AUGGUUAAGGUUACGAUACGUUUGGUCGGUGAAGAGAAAGAUAGAUUAUUCAAACGAAUUGAGUUGGAUCCACAGAUUCAUGUCGAUGACCUGGUGAAGGAGAUUGAGAGUGUGACGAAUAUUCUACCCAAAUUUCAAGAAAUCAAAUUCCGCGGUGAUGAGCUACCCGAUGUUGAGCGUCCUCUUCAAGACAUCAAGUUUGCUGAAGAGCUUGUUGUGUAUAAAAAGGCUGUUGGAAUUGCAAUGAAAGCAGGACCCGAAAGAAUGGAAAAUGCCAAAGAGGCCGUCAAGCUGCACACGCGAUUACUGGAGAAAGGAUUUUUCAACGUGUACAGCAGCUUCAACGAGUUUCGCAUGGAAAACCAUCACAAAGUGGCCUCUUGGACUGAUGGAAACACAGAACUAAUGAGAGAAGCCACUGUGAACCAUUUCCGUGCCCUGCAUUUCAAACGCGGAGCCGACGAUGAGUCUGACUUCGUUUGUCGGUUUGAAGCUCGACCAAGAGAUCUGGGAGGUUCACGAAAAAACACACUUGCUUAUGUCCAACUUCAUGGAGAGAAGGAAGAGACCAAGUACAACGUGAAAUGUCAUCACUUCGGGUCAUCGAGUAACUCUGCAAAGGGUCAAUCUCCCGAUAUUAAAGAGUUUUUUUGCUACAAACUCCUUGAACUCAUCAACGUGGGACCGCAUGCGCAAUUCAUCCUACCGAACAAAUUGACUGGCAGCCGAACAUCUAUGUAUAUCGCAACGAAAUGGUGUGACAAUUUUGUCCCUAUUUCCCACAUCGAAGAAGAAGAUGUUAGUGCAGAUAUUCUUGUGCAGAUUCUCUUGCUUGGCACUUUUCUUUUUAUCGACGAUUUACAUUCUGAUAAUUGCGGUCAGUGGAAAGGCACCAAAGAGGCGGCUAUCGUUGACUUUAUGCCGAGAGCAUACACUUCGUACACGAAUGUUAAGAAGGCUCUGCUCGACAACAGUUCAUCGGUGUAUUGGGAAGCGAUUCAUAUCGACGCGUUGGAAAAAUGCAAUGAGAAAUCGCGCUUGGAGAUGGCAAAAGAGUGUCUGAAGAAAUGGGAUCUGCUGUCUAAGAUCGAAAUGGCCAACGAACAAAUCAAGCCCGUGAAGGAUCGAAUGAAGCGACAAGACAUCGGCUUCAAAGGCUUCAACAGUCCUACUGAAGAACUCGAUCAAUACAUAAUCGCUGUCAAGGAGAACCUAACGAAAUUGACUGUGAUGUUAAAUGAAAUUGACUUAAAUGAAUUGACUGUUAAAUGA